UUAAUAAACAGAAAUUCCUCUUACAUCGUUCUCUCUCUCAUCUCCCUUUCCCUGCGAUGCUGCUGGGGCGUCACUGUUGAAGAUGCGUGUCCCCACAUUGUUGCUUCGAUGAAUGCGAGACGUGCCGAUUCAAUCAUCGCGACGAUGACAUCCGCCGCGUGAUCGCCGCCGCCGCCGCCGCCGCCGCGCCCGCCGUCCUCUCGCGGCGGCCCCUCUCGCUCGUCUCCGAUUCGAACGCCGGCGGCCCCUCCCCUUUCGAGGAACAGUCGCCGGUGAGGCAAUAGCAGCGGCGGGGGAUUCAGCGCGGUCGCCGUCGGCUGAUUCGACUCGGGUGGCGGAUCGCUCCGGCGUCGGCCGGGUUCUCUCUUGGUGCGAGAGCGCUGAGCUUGUUUCUGGUGGUGGUCGUCUUUUGGCUUCUGCUGAGGUCGGAUUUGCGAUGAGAGGAAGCCUGUUCAACCUGAACCGGAGGACGGCGCAGAGAUUCAAGCAGCUCGCGAUGGCGUCCCUCGGAUCCGUGAAGAUCAAGCUUCUCCUCCUGUGCUGCAUCGCUUUCGUCUUGCUCCUGCUCGCCGGUCGUGCCCCGGUCCUCAGCGGAGGGGACGCGACCGUCCGCGCUCCCUCUAACCACUUCCACGAUUCUCGGAAAGGAUAUGCCCUCCUGAUUAACACAUGGAAGAGAAACGAUCUUUUGAAACAGUCCAUUUCCCACUACACCAGAUGUUCAUCGCUGGAUUCUAUUCAUAUUGUCUGGAGCGAACCGGAUCCUCCAUCAGAGUCUCUUAAGAAAUUUUUGAAUCAUGUCAUCCAGUUGAACUCUAGAAGUGAUCGGAGAAUCGAACUAAAAUUCGAUAUCAAUAAGGAAGAUAGUUUGAACAACAGAUUUAAGCCCAUUGGUGAUCUGAAAACAGAUGCUGUUUUCUCGAUUGAUGAUGACAUUAUAUUUCCUUGUUCAUCAGUGGAGUUUGCUUUUGAUGUUUGGAGAAGCGCACCAGAUACAAUGGUCGGAUUCGUGCCUCGAAUUCAUUGGAUUGAUCAGGAAGGUAGUGUCGAUCGCUAUGUCUAUAGUGGAUGGUGGUCUGUAUGGUGGACGGGUAGAUACAGUAUGGUGCUCUCAAAGGCAGCGUUUUUUCACAAGAAAUAUCUGGAUAUAUAUACAAACCAGAUGCCAGCAUCAAUUAGAGAUUAUGUUACGAGAAACAGGAACUGUGAAGACAUUGCAAUGUCAUUCCUUGUGGCAAAUGUUACUGGUGCUCCUCCUAUAUGGGUUAAAGGAAAGAUAUUUGAGAUUGGUUCCACAGGAAUUAGUAGUGUGGGAGGUCACAGUGAGAAGAGAAGUCAGUGUGUCAACAGGUUUGUGACAGAAUUCAGGCGAAUGCCCUUAGUAUCGACUACUGUGAAGGCUGUUGACAGCAGGAAUAUCUGGUUCUGGUGAUGCUGUAUUUUCUCAUAAGCCACCGAUCAGUAUUUCCACGUUUUUGCUUAUUUAGUCACGUCGUUCUGAUUCAAUCAUUUGUUCACUAGGUGUAUAAUAUUUGAAAUUGGAUGUAACUUAGCUAGAUAUUUUUUUGUCAUAGAAGCUAUUACGCUCUUCUGAUAUGGAUUGUUGUAUGGGAUCAUGUUAGGAAAGGAUGAAGCCUAGGAUGGCCUUUUCUUUUAUGGAAUGACACUCCAGCAUUAGUAGUGGAAUUGCUGUUUCAUUCCCUCUC